AUGGAAGGUGAUAUGAUGAUGGAGGACGAAAAUCAGGCGCCGCAAGAAGUGAGUUUGAUUAAUCGAAGAAAUAGAUGUGAGGAGUCAGAGCGAGAAUGGGAGGGUGCUGCUCGGAUCUUACGGGAGGCCCAGCAGAAGGCGAACGACAUCCUGGGAAAAUCGAGGGUGUCCAACCAAGCAAAGGCGGAAGUUGAAGGGGUAUGGACGAAAGCUUUGGAGGAGAUUGAGCAGUAUUGGAGAAAAAUCAAAGAAGGGGAAACCCUGCCCUUGUUACUAGUGAGAGAGAUAGCGAAGACGCUGAGCCAAAGAGGGAUCGAAAGUGUUGAGGACUGGAGAGAAUACGUAAGAACCAUGGAACAGGAUGGAGAGGUGAUGGGAGAAAUCUGUGAUAUGUUAAACACUGAUGUGUUGCAGGUCAAGCGAGAGAUCAUGGCUCUCCAGGAGGGACAAAAGUCUCAGGUGGCAUCAGGAGAAAGCCAAGGUAGGGUGAAUCCACAUGGUGGGAGAUUGGAGGGAGCUCAUGCUGCUCAAUUCCAGACGACGCCUUUGACUGGUCAGAAGUAUGUCGAUCACUCGAGGACACGUUUUCGAUCAUCAGAUUCGACUCGACCUGUACCGGAAGAGCCAGGUGUGUCAAUGUCAGAGAAUGUUUUGGCAUACCUAACAUCAAUGGCCUGCGUAGACCCUGGGGUGUUCAGGGGAGCUAAAUACGAGAAUUUUGAGGAGUUCAUCAGAAGGUUCAAGAGAAAGUACGCGAAGGUUAUUAGUUCGGAAGCCACCCUAAUAGAAAUCUUGGGUGACGACCACCUAGGGGGCCGAGCCAAGAGUAUUUUUGAAGCCCUGCCUAGGAUGACCAAAGAGCUAGGUUUCGAGGCGGUCACCAGGGAAAUGGCCAGACUGUUAUCCCAUGAGUCUACGGCAGGUAGGGUGAGAGCUCUUACAGAGCUUAGAAACUUGAGGAUAAGACCUGAUCAAGGGGUAGCAGAUUUUUGCAUAACUUUGGAGAGGCUGGGAAGGCAGGCCAACCCAGAAUGUACGCUGGAGGAUCGUUCGCUUGAGUACGCACAGAUCCUUCUAGAUAAUCUCAGCAUGUGGCCAGAACAUUUCCAACUGGUAGGAACGCUGCAUAGGGUAGAACCUCGCAAGGCGUAUGAAGAGGUCAAACAAUUGGCCAUGAGCAUAGAACAGUCAAAGGCUAUGUUUGGAACCAGCAGAAGAAUGGCAGCGGGUAGGUGGAGAGAGAGAGCUGCGCAGUAUCAGGGCCACGAAAAUAGUAGAGAGGCAAGGGUUUCACCCACUAGGCCUGGGACUGAAAGAGAGGAGUCGGUGAGGGACAAUGCGCGUCGAAGCAGUGGUCCGGCUGGUCCACAGAGCACCAGGGAAUCCCAGCACCAGAUACGUCAAGCAAGGUCUAGCCAACGAGGCGGUGCAAUGGAGGGUACCGAUGGAAAGAAAUGUUACAGAUGCUCAAAAUAUGGCCAUAUAAGUAGAGACUGUCCCCAGCGACCAACCAGGGUGAACCAAGUUAAGAAGCAGGAUGAGACCGAGAGCAAUACCCUGUCAGAGAUUAUAAGCAAGGCUCGUAAUAUGGCCGUUAGGGUGAGAAGGCAAGACGAAGAAUCCACUGAGCUAAUUGGUAAUAGGGUGGUCAAACAGCUUUGUUUACUCGGUGGUAAGAGUCCAGCAUUGAUUGACACUGGGUCAAUGAUCAGCAUAAUACCUGUACAGGUGUUGGCCGAGGCACAGGAUAGAGGAUUCGAUGUGGAUACCCUGAAAUUAGUCAAUAAAUCCCAGCUGGUUCCUGUAUAUGACGCAUCCAAUAAUAAGAUGGAACUCCUUGGAGCGGUGUACAUUGAGGUAGAGCUGGUAGGAGGGAACAGACGUUGGGUGCCUUUUCAUAUCAGUCCUUCCAAGGAGAAUGAACUCAUCCUAGGUACCAACGCUCUUAGUAGACUGGGCGUAGAAGUAUCCAUAGUGCCGGACAAAUUGGAGAGUGUCGAGCAGGAGUCGAAAAGGGCAUUCCAUAGCAAGGUCACAGUGGUAAGACGCGUAUAUGUCCCGCCACGCGAUGCAGCCUUGGUAUCGGUACGCUGUAGUGGUGAGGACCCAGCGGAGGUAGAGCGAGUAAUCUGGCCUAGCAGGAAGGGCAUAGCGGCUGGGGUAUACAGCAUUCAGGAUCGAGAAACUGCCCUACCGGUUUUCAAUAGUAGUGAUGAAGGGUUGGUGCUCAAAGAGGGCGAGGAGGUAGGCCACUGGAGUACCGAUAAAUGGCACCAGCGAUGGGAUGAACUCAACGUUUUGAGCCUAGAUAAGGAGGAAAGCCUUGUGCAAGGUGACCAGAGAUUGGAUAAGUUGAUCGAACUGAUUGAGAGGAAUGCAGAGUCAGGCCAGUUAGAGGGAGGCAUACGGGAGCUUCUAAGGAUUCAUGCAGACGCGUUUUCGAUAUGUGAUAGAGAACUUUCUCAAACAGAUGUGGCAGAAAUGACUAUCGAUACAGGGAGUAGUAGUCCUAUAAAAAUGAAAGCACGCCCGGUUCCUUUCGGAGUCAGACCGAAGUUGAAGGAGCUUCUGGCAGACCUACUGGCUAGGAACAUAAUCGAAAAAAGCAAAUCGGAAUGGGCUUUUCCCAUAGUAUUAGUUGAAAAGAAAGAUGGCUGCCCUCUUCGCUGA